AUGAUUGAUAAUUACAAUGAAAAAGUAUCUAGCGAAAAUGGAGAUAUUUCUGAUUUAGAUCCACAUGAAAUUAUCAACAGGAAUGAUGUUUCUUCGAAUAAUGCACAAAAACUCAAGAAAUCUAGAUUCUUUCAAAAGUUUCGUAAUACCGGAGAAGAAGAAGAAGUAGUAGCAGCAGCAGCAGCAAAACCUAAUGAAUCUGUAAGCUUACUUAGUUUGUUUCGAUAUGCCACAAAACUCGAUUUAAUCUUAAUGCUCUUUGGUACUGCAUCAGGUCUAGCCAAUGGAGUUAUUUUACCAAUCAUGAUUAUUGUAUUCGGAAGUGUUCUAAGUACAUUUACCAAACGAGCGACGGACGCAUGUUCAUUCAAUUAUACGGCGCUUGCGAUUCAAAGCUGCCCAGAAAAUUAUACAUUAUCAGCUUCGAAUUAUUUCUCAUCAAUGGCUAUUUGCAAAUUUAAUGAUUCAUUCGAUCUUCAAGGCCAAGUAACUAAGCAAACAUUGUAUUUAGCCGGCAUUGGUUGUGCUAGUAUUGUGCUCAGUUAUUUUCAAGUCGUAUGUUGGAGUUUUACAGCAGAACGACAAACAAGGGCAAUAAGACAAAAAUUAUUUCAAUCAAUUCUUCGAAAGGAAAUCGUUUAUUUUGAUUUUCAUAAAACUGGUGAACUGAAUACAAAAUUAACAGAUGAUGUAGAUAAAAUUCAUGAUGGAAUCGGUGAUAAACUUGGUGCGACGGCACAAUUUAUAGCUUCAUUUUUGACUGGAUUCACUCUUGGUUUUGUUUAUGGAUGGAAAUUAGCAUUGGUUAUAUUAUCUAUAGCGCCACUACUAUUUAUCUCAGCUGCUCUCUUUGCCAGACUUGCUUCCGGUUUGACAGCAAUGGAAUUAAAAGCUUAUGGUAGAGCAGGAGCAAUUGCCGAAGAAGUAUUUAGUUCAAUACGAACCGUUCUAUCGUAUGGUGGACAAGAACGAGAAGAGAAAAGAUACGAAAAACAUCUCGAGGACGCUAAAAAGAAUGGUAUAAAGAAAGGUGCCAUCAAUGGCAUUACGAUCGGUACAGUAUGGUUUUUGAUCUAUGGUGCAUAUGCGUUAGCAUUUUGGUAUGGAGCCAAAUUAAUUCGAGAAGAUAACUACAAUGUUGGUGAUGUUUUUAUUGUAUUUUUUUCAAUUAUCAUUGCUGUUUUCAAUUUGGGUCAAGCUAGUCCACAUAUUCAAGCGUUAGGUCAAGCUCGAGCUGCUGCUUACUUAGUAUGGGAGGUUAUUGAUGCACCAUGCAAAAUCAUCAGUGAUUCAGAAACAGGUGUGACAAAAGAUGAUCUUGCUGGUGAUAUUCGCUUUUCGGAUGUUCAUUUUUCUUAUCCAUCACGAUCAACAGUUAAAAUUCUAAAUGGCAUUUCAUUUGAUAUUAAACGUGGUCAAACAAUUGCGCUUGUUGGAUCAUCUGGUUCAGGAAAAUCAACAUGCGUACAAUUAUUGCAACGAUUCUAUGAUUCUGACGCAGGCUCAGUUUUUAUUGAUGAUCAGCGAGUCGAUGAGUAUAAUUUAAAAUGGUUAAGAGAACAUAUUGGUGUUGUUAGUCAAGAACCAAUUUUAUUUCAAGCAACUAUUCGAGAAAAUAUUCUAUUUGGAAGAGAUACAGCAACUGAUGCAGAAAUUCAUGAAGCAGCAAAAAUGGCGAAUGCACAUAAUUUCAUUAUGGAGCUACCUGAUAAAUAUGAAACUCGAGUCGGCGAUCGUGGAGCUACACUCUCCGGUGGACAAAAACAAAGAAUUGCCAUUGCUCGAGCCUUGAUUCGAGAUCCAAAAAUUUUACUUCUAGAUGAAGCGACGAGUGCACUUGAUAAUGAAAGUGAAAAAAUAGUUCAAGCAGCAUUGGAUCGUGCUGCUCAAGGUCGUACCACAUUAGUGAUUGCGCAUCGUCUAUCGACAAUUCGUAAUGCUCAUAAAAUUGUUGUCUUGCACAAGGGUGAAGUUGUUGAAGAAGGUGAUCAUGAAUCAUUGAUGGAGUUGCGUGGAACUUAUCAUACUCUUAUUGAACAACAGCAUUUACGUCAAAUUGAAGAAGAAGAAAAGUUAUCUUUUGAACGCAAACAAUCUUUGGCAGUUGAUCCAAUUGAAGAAAAUCAAUUAGAUUUCUUACGAAAACGUGCUGCAACUAUUAUUAGUAUGACUCCAUCAGCCAAGGCUGAAUUGUUUGACAAAACACGAAUUUCAACAACCGAUGGCAAUGUAGUAAGAGAAGAGAAUACUGACGAGAAGAAGAAAAAGGAAAAAAAACCUAGUAUUACAUUCCAAAUGUUCUUAAUGAAUAGACCAGAAUGGUUAUAUAUAGCGAUUGGCUGUGUCUCAUGUCUAUGCAAUGGUGGUAUUCAACCAGCAUUUGGUGUUGUUUUAAGCAAGCUCACGGCGGUCUUUCAAGAAUGUAAUCCUAAAGUUCAAGAAGAUCGAGUUAUGCUCUAUGUACUUUUGUUUAUUGGUUUUGGUUUUCUUAUGUUAGCUACGCUAUUUCUUCAGGGCUUUUUAUUUGCUUGUUCAGGAGAAGCUCUAACAAAAAGAUUACGAUCUAAAACAUUUCAUAGUAUUCUACGUCAAGAAAUCGCUUAUUUUGAUGAUCCAAAUAACAAUACAGGAGCAUUAUGUACACGUUUAGCAACUGAAGCAUCUGCUGUACAAGGAGCGACUGGUGUUCGUCUUGGUUUAACAAUACAAAAUUUAGCUGCGCUUGGUACUGGUAUUAUAAUUAGUUUUAUUUUCUCUUGGCAAUUGACAUUGCUUAUACUCGGCUUUGUUCCAUUGAUGGUUAUCGGAGGUUUUUUACAAAGUCGUUUGAUGACUGGAUUUGCUAGUAAAGAUAAAAAAGCAUUCGAAAAUGCUGGAAAGGUAACAGUAGAAUCUAUACAAAAUAUUCGAACAGUCGUACAAUUAACUAAAGAAGAUUAUUUUUACGAAGAAUACUGUUCACUUCUUCAAGUUCCUUAUCGAUCAUCUAUAAAACGAGCAAAUCUCUUUGGUAUAUUCUUUUCAAUAACCAAUUCAGUCAUGUUCUUUAGCCUAGCGGCACUAUUUCGAUUAGGUGCUUAUCUUGUGAAUCAACAACAAAUCACAUUUCAAGACCUUUUAUUGUGUUUUAAUUGUAUUGUAUUUGGUGCACAAAGCGUUGGACAAACAGCAUCUCUUGCUCCAGAUUAUAGAAAAGCUGUUGAUUCGGCUGAGAAGAUUGUCGAACUAUUCAAUCGACAACCAACUAUUGAUAAUAGUUCACGUGAUGGUGAUGAAAUAUCUAACUUUGGUGGAGGAUUAGAAUUUGUUAAUGUCAAUUUCAUCUAUCCAAAUAGACCUGAAUCUAUUGUUCUGAAAAAUUUCAAACUCAAGAUUUCACCUGGACAACGCAUUGCACUCGUCGGUACAUCUGGCUGUGGAAAGUCAACAACUAUUCAGCUGAUCGAACGUUUCUACGAUCCAACUAUUGGUCAAUUGUUAAUCGAUUCCAAAGAUAUUCGAAGUCUCAAUCUUCAAUGGUAUCGAUCACAAAUUGGCAUUGUUUCACAAGAACCAGUUUUAUUUGACAUGUCAAUAAAAGAAAAUAUUGCCUAUGGCGAUAAUAGUCGAGAUGAUAUUCCAAUGGAAGAAAUCAUUGCAGCAGCUCAAAAUGCGAAUAUACAUGAUUUUAUUCAAACACUUCCAGAUGGAUAUGAAACUAAUUGUGGUGCAAAAGGAGCUCAAUUAUCAGGUGGACAAAAACAAAGAAUUGCUAUUGCUAGAGCAUUAGUUCGAAAUCCAAAAAUAUUGUUAUUUGAUGAAGCAACAAGUGCACUGGAUAGUGAAAAUGAGAAGAUAGUUCAAGAAGCAUUAGAUCUUGCUCAACAAAAUCGAACUUCAAUUACAAUAGCACAUCGUUUAUCAACAAUUCAAAAUGCAGAUAUAAUUUGUGUUUUACAUAAUGGAGUCAUAGUUGAAAGUGGAACUCAUGAAGAAUUAAUUGCUUUACAAGGUCGUUACUAUCAUUUAGCGAUUGGAAAACUUAAAUAA